UGUAUGAAUUUUAAGAUUUGAUGAUGUUGAAUAACUUGUUAAAAUUAUUAGUCUUCCUAUUCUUAAAUUAAACGUAGAUAAAAAAUAUAUAUUGUUGAAACAAUAACGUUAUCUUAACAAAGUUAUGUUUAAAAUCAAUUGUGAUAGAAAUUUAACAAAAUUUGAAAACUUUUUUUCAUCAUGUUGGUAUUGUUUUUCGUCCGCUUUGUCAUUGUAGCUGUUUUUAAUAAAACUUACUAUAAGUGUUAAAAUUAAAUUUUUCAACAAGGCCUCUGCUUGUUGCACUCCCAUAAAACUUUUAUUGCGUUAGUUUCUUACUUAUUUUACAAAAAGAGCCAUUUCAUUGAGUGAGUUCUUUCAUUGAUUUUUAAUGAAAAGAACGAACUGAAAUUGUUUUCUAAUAAACAUUUCUAUCUAUUAACUCCUUCACAUCCAAAACAUGUUGUUUGAAGUAUAAAAAAAAACUCAAAAAGAUAUUGUGGCCCAUGAGGGGAUCGAACCCGCGACCUUCGCGUUAUUAGCACGACGCUCUAACCAACUGAGCUAAUGGGCCGCUGGUAGCAAUGUUGAAAUAAUGAAACAGUUCUUUGCCAAUUGUGUUAUGCAAUUCGUAUCAUAUUAUCACAUGAGCAUCAUCAUUCAACAUUACUAUGACUCAUUCAAGACAUGUAGUCUUUGUAGUAUGCUGGUGCCAGACAGACGAGUAUCGUUCCAUCUCUCUCUAGCUUCAAGAUUUUUUCAUAUAUCGCUGUCCCAUUCUAUCUCCCUACAAUAGUGUGGUAUAUUUUUUCCUAAGACUAAGAGUUGUACUUUUCUUUACCGUCUUGACUUGUUUGCUUUUUAGAGAUUUCUUGGUCCUAUGGAAAAUUAAUAAUUUAUUUCUUUAUUUCGAAUUAGUUUAGAGAAAACUUUAUCUAAAGUGUAUUAGGGUAGGUAUAUUUCGUAGGCAAUCCGCCUGAUUCUAUAAAAAUCAGGUGACCUAUCUUUUUUAUAAUUACAUUAAUUACUAUAAUUAGUCUAACAACGUAAUAAAUAUGUAACAAUUUCAGCCUCAAAAUGCUUUGGCAACCGAUCAACCUAACAGAGGUCUGUCCGGCCCACACUCAGCUAACAGCCUGCUCUAACUUUGGCUACAUCUACCUAGCUCUUCUAGCCCACUUAUACGGGGACUCAGAAGAUAGAAGAAUACAAGAGAAGUUACAUAUAAGAGAAGAAGAGACAUUCGGCAAAGAAGAAUAUGAUUUCAUAGUUGUAGGAGCCGGUGCCGCUGGAUGUGUGGUUGCUAAUCGGCUGUCGGCGAAUAAGCAUUGGAAAGUGCUACUUCUAGAAGCAGGUGCAGAGCAACCAGACGUGACCCUUGUACCAGGACUUUCGACCUCUCUGAUCGGGUCCAGCAUCGACUGGUCUUACCAGACGGAACCUAAUGGGAAGAGCUGUCUGGCAAGAAAAGAUCAAAGAUGUGGGUGGCCGAGAGGCAAGGUCAUGGGAGGCAGUAGUUCUAUAAACUCGUUGGUGUAUGUCCGCGGUAAUAAACUGGACUACGAUGGAUGGGCAGCCUUGGGCAACGAAGGAUGGAGUUACGAUGAAGUACUGCCGUACUUCAAAAAAUCUGAAAACAAUCUCGAUUUAGAAGGCUUAAGCUGUUAUCACGGUGUUGGUGGUGAACAACCAGUUUCGAGAUACUUAUACAUAGACAGACCGAACAUUAUGAUGACACAAGCGUUUAAUCAAGGAGGGCUCCCAAUACGAGACUACAAUGGACCUUUCCAAGUAGGAGCUAUGCCCGCACAAGCUAUCACCAGAGAUGGCAUCAGGGUCUCCACGAAUAAAGCUUUCAUACAACCGAUCAGAUACAAAAGAAGGAACUUAAAAGUCAAAAUAAAGGCAGAAGUAUUUGAAAUACUUUUAAGUGAUAAUAAGGUCGCUUAUGGUGUAAAGUAUAUGAAAAAUGGAAAGGUCCAUACAGCAUAUGCAAAGAAGGAAGUUAUUGUUAGCGCUGGUACUAUAAAUUCUCCGAAAUUAUUAAUGUUAUCUGGUAUAGGCCCUAAAGAACAUUUGUCCGAUUUGAAUAUAACAGUAAAACAAGAUUUGCCUGUAGGAGAAAAUUUACAUGACCAUGUGACUUUCAAUGGACUAAUAGUUGCUCUUCCAAAUGAAACAGCAACUCUCAUAGCACAGGACCAAAUAUUGAAUGAAAUCAAGUGCUACAAAGAUAUGAAAGUGAAACGUGGCCCUAUGUCAGCUGAUGGGCCGGCGAACAACAUAGCAUUCAUAAAAACAGAACCUGACCUUCUAGCUCCCGACAUACAGUUUCAUAUCGGUCACCUUCACCGAGGUGACUACGUUCGGGAACCAGAGAUAGCUGAUGAGAUAUCAAUAUUUCCCACACCUUUCUAUGACGCGUUGCUUGUAAGGGCUAUGAAUGUGGUACCAAAGAGUCGAGGUAAGGUCUUACUUAACCCGGCUAACCCUUAUGGAAAGCCACUACUAUAUGCUAAUUAUUUAGACGAUCCCACUGAUGCUAUCCCUAUCCUAAAGGCUGUUAAAUUUGCAGUUAGUUUAGAGAACACGACAGCAUUCAUAACGAAUGGGGCACGCUAUGAUAGAACACCACUUACAGCCUGUAAGUAUUAUGAAUGGGGGACCGAUGAAUACUUCCUAUGUUUAAUUAGGUCGUAUACGUCGGCCACCCAUCAUCAAGCAGGUACGUGUAAAAUGGGACCCAGUUGGGACCCAAAAGCUGUAGUAGAUCCAAAAUUACGAGUGUACGGUGUACCAGGUUUGAGAGUUAUAGAUGCAUCGAUAAUGCCAUUUGCUGUUCGCGGAAACACAAACGCGCCUUCUAUCAUGAUUGGUGAGAAAGGAGUCGCAAUGGUGUUGGAGUAUUGGUUGAAUAAGUCGCAUGGCUAAAGGUUUGCACCUUACUCUUACAACCUACAUAUCGUUACGUACAAGAAAAGCCUCAUAUACUACAUUCAAUAUAGCACUUAUAGAAUACGCAUGUCUGGACAAGGUAAAGCUAAUUUACUUUUAUUACUGCAUGCUAAAACUGCUCUAAAAUAUUUUUAUUUUAUAAACUGCUAUC